AUGGCUUCAGUCAAAGACUUUGAAGUGUUGUCUACAGUCGGUUUUGGUGCUUUUGGAAAAUGCCAGAAAAUUCUGAGAAAGUCUGAUGGAAAAAUCCUGGCGUGGAAGGUGGUGCACACCCGCAAGAUGAGAGAGAGUCUCAAGAACAGGAUCAUCCAGGAAGUCAACCUCCUGAAGGAGCUCGACCACCCAAAUAUCGUGCAGUAUGUUGAUCAUUUCAUAGAAAAGAACAAGGUUUACGUUGUGAUGGAGUACUGUGAGGGUGGUGAUCUGGCCAGCCUCAUCAAGUGCUGCAUCAAAAAAAGCUUGUUCCUCCCUGAGGAAUUAAUUCUUCAGGUUUUGGAGCAACUCACCUCAGCCCCGGAACACUGCCACAGACACCCCGAUGGCAGUGUUGUUCUCCAUCAGGACAUAAAGCCAGCUAAUGUUUUUUUCGACUAUGACUUAAAUGUUAAGCUAGGUGAUUUUGGGCUGGCAGACAUCCUCCCCACUCGGAACGACUACGUCAAAACGCAGUCUGGGACGCUUCACUGCAUGUGUCUAGUAAGUCCAUUUUCUUGGACUCUAGCUUCAGGUUCCUUCCCCAUUCAAGCUUGUGAGGAAAAACUCAACAAGACUUUUUAUCACGAAAAGUCUAUCUGGUCACUGGGAUGUCUCAUUUAUGAGCUGUGUGCUUUAAAGCCUCUGUUUCCUGGUGAUGCAGGAAAAUGUCUCAUCAACAGAGUCAACCCUGGGAAGGUCAAAAGAAUUCCAUCUCGGUAUUCAGACCAGCUGAACUCCCUAAAUGGCGACAUACUGCACGUUUUGGACUUUCUGAGGCCAUCCACAGAAGAGAUCCUCCACAGCAGCCUGCUCACUCAGCAGAAGCAGAGAACUGGUGGCUCUGCUCAUCAUCUCCUUGCACCCAUGACAGCUGCAGACAUCAGGCCCAGGGAACCACAAGAAAUGCCACCAAAGGCACAGAAGCGGAGACUGGACGUUGAGCAGCAUCAGCCAAGAAAGCAGAGGCGAAAAAGUGGUGCAGGCCCAGACAUACUCCUGGACAUCGACUUCCAUUGA